AUGGGUUUGGAGGACAGCCGCAUUGUGCGGAAAUUCGUGAACGUCGGUGAAAAGAAAGCCGGUUCCACCGCUAUGGGUAUCUUCGUCGGUGUCUUCGCCGCCUUCGGUGGUAUUCUUUUCGGUUACGACACCGGUACCAUUUCCGGUGUCAUGGCCAUGCCUUACGUUAAGGCCCACUUCCCAAAGAACAAGGAAAACUUCACUUCCAACGAAUCUUCUUUGCUUGUCUCCAUCUUGUCUGCCGGUACCUUGGUUGGUGCUCUUUGUGCUCCUUUCAUCAACGAUACCUUGGGUAGAAGAUGGUGUUUGAUUAUCUCCUCUCUUGUCGUCUUCAACUUGGGUGCUGCUUUGCAAACUGCUUCUCACUCUCUUCCUUUGCUUAUUGUCGGUAGAGUUGUUGCUGGUUUGGGUGUUGGUUUGAUUUCCUCCACCAUUCCUUUGUACCAAUCCGAGACCGCUCCUAAGUGGAUCAGAGGUGCCGUUGUCUCUUGUUACCAAUGGGCUAUCACCAUCGGUAUUUUCUUGGCUGCUUGUAUCAACCAGGGUACCCACAAGAUCAACGGUCCUGCUUCUUACAGAAUCCCAUUGGCCAUCCAAAUCUUGUGGGGUCUUAUCUUGGGUUUCGGUAUGUACUUGUUGCCUGAGACUCCUAGAUUCUUCAUUUCUAAGGGUAAACACGCUGAGGCCGCUGACUCUCUUGCUAGAUUGAGAAAGCUUCCAAACGACCACCCAGACUUGCUUGAGGAGUUGGAGGACAUCAAGGCUGCUUACGAGUUCGAGAUUGAGUACGGUAAGUCCUCUUGGGGCCAAGUCUUCUCCAGAAAGAACCACCAAUUGAAGAGAUUGUCCACCGGUGUCUUCAUCCAAGCUUUCCAACAAUUGACUGGUGUCAACUUCAUUUUCUACUUCGGUACUACCUUCUUCGAGUCUGCUGGUGUUAACGGUUUCACCAUCGCUUUGGCCACCAACAUUGUUAACGUCGGUUCCACUAUUCCUGGUAUUCUUUUGAUGGAAAUUGUCGGUAGAAGAAACAUCUUGUUGACUGGUGCUGCAGGUAUGUCUGUCUCCCAAUUGAUUGUUGCCAUCACUGGUAUUACUACCCACACCGAGGCCUCCAAGAACGUGCUUGUCGCCUUCUGCUGUAUCUUCAUUGCCUUCUUCGCUGCCACUUGGGGUCCUACCGCUUGGGUCGUUGUUGGUGAGUUGUUCCCAUUGAGAACCAGAGCCAAGUCUGUCGCUUUGUGUACCGCUUCUAACUGGUUGUGGAACUGGGCCAUUGCUUACUCUACUCCAUACAUGGUUGACCCAGACAAGGGUAACUUGGGUACCAACGUUUUCUUCAUCUGGGGUGGUUUCAACUUCUUCUGUUUCCUCUUUGCUUUCAUGACCAUCUACGAGACCAAGGGUCUUUCUUUGGAGCAAGUCGACGAGCUUUACGAGAAUGUUUCCCAAGCCUGGAAGUCCAAGUCUUUCGUUCCUUCCGAGCACGCUUUCAGAAACACUGCUGUUCCUGUCUCCGAGUCCAAGGCCGACGGCUACUCCGUGGAGGUUUCUUCCGCUUAA